AUGAAACCAUUGUGGUUUACGUCGAACUUGUACAGUGUGACAAUGCGAUACCGACGAUCGCUAGCGUUCGGCAGCUUAUUGUUUUGCUGGAUCGUCCUACUGGAAUUGCUACGAUCAAGGCUUGCUACUGCCGGAGGCUUACCAUGCGCGUUGCGCCAGUAUGCGACCGGAGCGGUGUGCGUGUGCAAUGCGACAUACUGCGAUACGCUGGAAUUUACCGAACCGACGGAACUCGGCAGCUUUGUGCUCGUGUCGAGCAGCCGUGACGGAUUGCGUUUCGCACUGGCCGAAGGUAACUUUUCCCGCACCAUCGAGCAACGUCAAGUGCGCGCGGGAGACAUCACGAUCGCGCUCGAUCCGCUCAAGCGCUUCCAAAAGGUGGAAGGUUUCGGUGGUGCCUUCACCGGUUCGGUAUCGCACAAUCUGGCGCUUGUAAAUCCUUCGCUGCGCGACAGUCUGUACAAAGCGUACUAUUCCAGGAAGCAGGGGAUCGGCUACCGGUUUAUGCGCAUCCCGAUCGGUGGCUGUGAUUUUGAUCUAGCACCGUGGGCGUACAACGAAUUGCCAAUUAAUGAUGGGUCGCUGUCGAACUUUACCCUGCUGGACGAGCGAGAUCUGGUGAAGGUGAGCCAAAUAAAGCAGCUGAUGGAAGUGACGGGCAACAGUGAUGUUCGUUUGAUCGGUGCCGCUUGGAGUCCGCCACGGUGGAUGAAGUCCAACAACGAUUGGACCGGAUCAAGUCGGUUGAAGCCCGAGUAUUACCAAACCUGGGCCGACUAUCACGUGCGCUAUCUGGAGCUGAUGCGUGCCGCCGGGUUAAACUUCUGGGCCAUUUCCACCGGCAAUGAACCGCUGAACGGUGUGAUCGGGUUCCUUUUCAUACACUUCAUGAGCCUUGGCUGGACGGCACCGGAACAGGGCCGGUGGGUUGGACAACAUUUGGGACCAGCGCUGAAAAACUCACCCGUCAGUGAUGUGAAGCUGUUCGGUUGCGAUGACCAGCGGUACACGUUCCCCUGGUGGUUUACGCUGAUGGAUCAAGGGCACCCGAACGCGACAAGCUAUCUGGACGGGUUGGCCGUACACUGGUACUGGGACGGUGUGGCACCGGCUGCCCUGCUCGACCAGACUGCGGCCCGCUACCCGGACAAGUGGAUCUUCAACACCGAGGCAUCGCUCGGCGACAAACCAUUGCAGCAACACCGUCCCAUCCUUGGUUCGUGGGAGCGGGCCGAAUCGUACAUACUGUACGUGAUGCAAGAUCUGCUGCACAGUGUCCACGGUUGGAUCGAUUGGAAUCUGGUGCUGGACGAGCGCGGUGGUCCAAACUACGCCAACAACUUCGUUGAGAGUGCCGUCAUUGUGAAUGCCACAUCGCAGGAGGAAGCUUACAAGCAACCGAUAUUCUAUGGGUUGGGCCACUUUUCACGUUUCAUUCUGCCCGGCUCGGUGCGGUUAGAGGUGCGCUCGUCAAACAGCGACGUGGCAGUCGUCGCGUUCGAACGAACGGACAAGAGAACCGUGCUCGUGUUCUACAACAAAGCAAACUGGAAAUCGACUGUCCGGAUAGAGGACAAACGGUACGGCAGUGUACGAGUACGUCUGCCGGCUAAAUCAGUGCACACUUUGCUUUAUCUGUGA